UCGGAUCGUCGGCCAUCCAGGUUUAACAGAACGAUUUUUAACGGUCUUUCAGACGAACAGUCAGGCCCGAUUCGUCGAUGCGUUGAAGAAUUAGUUUCCGUAAAGCCGAAGUCAGAGGAUCACUGAGGAUAAACCGCCUGCAGCCCGCUCUCCUCUCCAGCCCUUUUCUCCGUAAAUGACUUUCGACCGGAGUUGAUCUGUGGACGUCGAUUGUCUCACAGAAUUUUGGAUUCGAACCUUGGAGCCAGGCUAAGCACGGAUUGGAAUAAAAAUGGCUCCUUCCAAAAUCGCUACAAAACCUGUGGUUUUGCCUAAUGGGUCGAACUUGAAGAUUGGAAUUAAAACAAGAAGUCACAACGGUACGGUAGUGAAAAAGGAAUCAUUUUCAAAAAGGAAAGCGGAAGAAUCACCUUUGAAGCGAUUAACUGUGAAGAGGGCUACUUUGGGAGAGACGGGAAAAGAAAACUCUGCUGUUCCGAGAGUGAAGUCGGUGUUUGAAAAAACAGUCAUGCUUUCAAAGAUAACAAAAACUUUGGCCAAAAAAACAGUUUUGCAAGAUAUAAAUGAUGUCGAUCAUACAUCAAAUUGUCUAAACAAGAAUGAGCAAUCAUUAAUUCCUGUGAGGUUUAGCAAAGAGAAUGUCACAAAAGCAAAACAACCUGUCAAAAAGUUAUCCACUGUGCCUAGCAAAGUUUCUGAUAAAGGAAUAAACAGAAAACCCUUAGGGAGUCAUAAUUUUGUCAAAGAUGUCAAGACUAAAGAAGAGUCUGUGACAGUUCUUAAAAAACCAACAGCACAGGUUGACAAAUAUAAUGUGUUAAAGCCUCAGGUCAAAAAACAAGUUGAAUUAUCACCUUCUUAUGGAGUAGUGACAAGGCGAUCCUUGGCAAGGAAAAGCGCAGAAUUAGAAAAAACUACAGAUAGUAGUCUUUAUGUUUCAGCUUUAGAGGAUUUGAAUUUAGAUGAUAACGUGAAAAAAGGUAGAAAACAAAAGAAUAAGAAGGAAAUCAAACCGCCCGUUAAUGUUGUCGACUUUGACAAGGAGCAAAUUGGCGAUCCCUCUAGUGUUGCUACUUAUGCCAUGGAUAUAUUCAACUACCUUAAAUCGAGAGAGAAAGACUUUGAAAUCAGUGAUUACAUGCCUCGUCAAAAAGACCUUAACGUCAACAUGCGUGCACUUCUUGUUGAUUGGAUGGUUGAAGUACAAGAAAACUACGAAUUGAACCAUGAAACAUUGUAUUUGGCGAUGAAAUUGGUCGACCUUUAUUUAUCAAAAGAGAUUAUUAGAAAGGAAAAUCUACAACUAGUGGCUUGUACUGGGCUUUUAAUCGCUUCAAAGUAUGAUGAACGAUUUCCUCCUUCAGUUGAAGAUUUUCUCUAUGUCUGUGAUGGAUUAUAUACAAAUAAAGAAUUAACAAACAUGGAAUUUAAAUUACUGACUACCAUCGACUUUCAACUUGGAAUCCCCCUUUCUUACAGAUUCCUCAGAAGAUACGCCAGGUGCGCCAAAAUUGGUAUGAAGAUCCUAACCCUUGCUCGUUUUAUACUUGAAUAUAAUCUUAUGGAUUAUAACUCGGUGAGAUUUGCUGAUUCUAAGAUGGCCGCUGCUGCUCUUUACAUGGCACUGUUAAUGGCAAAAGAAGGCCAAUGGACUUCAACUUUAGAAUACUAUUCAGGUUAUAAAACGUCUGACUUUGUUCAUAUUUGUCAAAUGUUCAACUCUUAUCUUAAAAAAGAUGCAGCAAACCUGAUGACUAUUAAGAAUAAAUAUUCGCACAAGUUGUUUUUUGAAGUAGCAAAAAUCCCAUUGGUCGAUACUUUUGAUGAUGUCGUAUAAUGAAUUUUCUUAAAUAGUAAUGUAAUAACCAGUUAUAUAUGUGCCAAUAUUACUUGAUCUGGAUCAUCAGAAAAAACUCGCCCUUGUGAUUAUUUUUAUAUUUUAUUGGUGAAACAAUAUUUUAAAAUUAUUCCUUGGUGAUUUAAGUACAUAACAUUACUGUGUCAAUCUAGAAUAACAGGUCAUUUUUUAAACAAAACAUAAAUUAUCAAUUGUACAUAAAAUUCAAUUAGUAUUUUAUUAUCUUAAUAAAAUGUUUUUACCUCGUGUCUUCUAAUCCAGAUUUUGUCGUAUGAACACUGUCAGAUUAUAAUGCAAUUUAAAUGUUUAGGGAUGUAAAGUUAUGCACAAGUGUAUUAGUUUUGUUUUGUUUGAGCUUUUGUGGAUUACCUUUUAACUUAUUUAUCAUACUUGUUAUUCAAGAUUUAAAUUAUAUUUAUCUAACUUUUUCAUAACUUUUAAUGUGUUUAAAAAAAAAUAAAUUCCAAUAUUUUUAAUUGGUGAAAUUAUUAAAUAAUUUUCUCACCAAGCAAUAAAUAAUAAGUUGUUGUAAUAAAUAACUCUAAUCCAAAUAUUGUAUUCAACUUUGACUUUUGUAUCACAUUGUUUGCAGCAUGAAUAAAAGUAAAAUUAACAUUUGCAUUAUAAAUUGAUCAAAAUGUUUAUGAAUUUGUCUACCUUUAGAUCUAACAUGUAAGUUAUCCUCGGCUACACUACUGGUAGUGUUAAUGUUUUAUUAUUUAUGUCACAAAUUCGGAUCCGUACAAGUUUUCACUGUUUGCAUUGAGGCUCUUUAUUUUCAAACAUUUUGAAAUGCCACAGUGCCAAGUGAUGGAUAUUUUAGAGCGAUUAUGGAAUAAAUAAAGAACAUUUAGCGCCACUCGGAUAAAUCUUGAACAAGUACUUAACUUUUUAUUUUUUAUUUUCAAAUGUUUGUGCAUGCUUCAUCAAUUAUUGUACAGCCUUUUGCAUUAAGUUGAAAGUACUCCAGGGUCUUUUCCAACAUAUUUUCUAAUA